CGGCCUCCUCGUCGCCCGGCUCGGCCCCGGCGCCAUGAAGCUGACGGACAUCGUGCUGCGGAGCUUCCGCGUGGCCAAGGUGUUCCGGGAGAACUCGGACAAGAUCAACUGCUUCGACUUCAACCCCAAUGGCGAGACGGUCAUCUUGAGCAGCGACGACGACUCCAUCGUCCUGUACGACUGUCAGGAGGGCAAACCAAAGAGAACACUGUACAGUAAGAAGUAUGGAGUGGACCUAAUCAGAUACACACAUGCAGCAAACACUGUAGUGUAUAGUUCUAACAAAAUAGAUGAUACAAUCCGCUACCUGUCCUUGCAUGAUAACAAAUACUUCCGGUAUUUCCCUGGACACAACAAGAGGGUGGUAGCCUUGUCCAUGUCACCAAUUGAUGACACUUUUAUCUCUGGGUCGCUGGAUAAAACCAUCCGACUCUGGGAUCUUCGGUCUCCUAACUGCCAGGGCCUAAUGCAUCUUCAAGGAAAACCUGUUUGUUCUUUUGACCCAGAAGGGUUAAUUUUUGCUGCUGGCGUCAACUCUGAAAUGGUUAAGCUUUAUGAUCUUCACUCCUUUGAUAAGGGGCCAUUUGCUACCUUCAAAAUGCAGUAUGAUAGGAACUGUGAGUGGACGGGCUUAAAGUUCAGCAAUGAUGGCAAACACCUUAUAUCUACCAAUGGCAGUUUCAUCCGCCUGAUUGAUGCAUUUAAGGGAGCGGUAAUGCACACAUUUGGGGGGUAUAGCAACAGCAAAGCUGUCACAUUGGAAGCCUCCUUCACGCCAGAUUCUCAGUUUAUUAUGAUUGGCUCUGAUGAUGGUAAGAUUCACGUCUGGAAUGGAGAAAGUGGCAUAAAAGUGGCUGUGUUGGAUGGGAAACACACUGGUCCCAUAACCUGUUUGCAAUUCAAUCCCAAGUUCAUGACCUUUGCCAGUGCAUGUUCUGACAUGGCAUUCUGGCUGCCUACCAUUGAUGACUGAUCAUUUGUCAGCAGUGUCUGCACAUUGAAGGGCAGCCAAUAAGAGAAGGAAAGGGACUGAGUAUUGGGAUUAUGUUGUUCUCCUGACCGGAAGCAU